AUUUUCGCAAACAGAGCUGUGACACCGUUUUGAGAAAUAACAUUUAAACGGGGGCGGGAUAUCUACAUAGUUUGAAAAUCUCAGUAGCAGAAAAACUGAGUUGGUGAAGACAGAACAGACACAUCAGUAGAAGUAUGGCCUCUCAAAAUAUGGACCCUGCAGCAGCCUCAUCCACAGCAGCUCUGAAAGGCACUGAGACCGGUGGGAGUGCAGCAAAGGGCUCAGUCACGAAAAGACUUCAACAAGAACUGAUGACACUAAUGAUGUCUGGAGAUAAAGGGAUCUCCGCUUUCCCGGAGUCUGACAACCUUUUUAAGUGGAUAGGAACGAUAGACGGAGCGCAGGGAACAGUUUACGAAGGCCUGAGGUACAAGCUGUCGUUGGAGUUCCCCAGUGGCUACCCGUACAAAGCCCCCCGAGUGAAGUUCGUCACGCCAUGUUUUCACCCCAACGUCGAUGAUCAGGGCUUCAUCUGUCUCGAUAUCUUGAAAGACAAAUGGUCAGCCCUGUACGACGUACGGUCCAUUCUUCUGUCCAUCCAGAGUUUAUUAGGAGAGCCUAACAUUGAGAGUCCAUUGAACACUGCUGCUGCUGAGCUUUGGGAUAACCAGGAAGCCUUCAAAGUCCAUUUGAACACAACCUACAAGAACUGACUCAAGCUCCUACAAUCCUGCCAUGUGUUUUAUUUCUGUGUUUUUCUAUACUUUAAUUAUGUACAUUUCAAUACUGGGUAUGUCUGUACAAUAUUUUUGUUUGUAUGACCUCUAUGUGAAUAAAGAUGUCUAGGUAUGUUAA